UAAGCCUGGUCCUGCCCGCCGUGGGGGCACCUGGGAAGAGGCGGGGAACAAUAUGGCGGAUGGCGAGGAGCCAAUGGCUGUUGAUGGUGGGUGUGGGGACACUGGAGACUGGGAAGGUCGCUGGAACCAUGUAAAGAAGUUCCUCGAGCGAUCUGGACCCUUCACACACCCUGAUUUCGAACCGAGCACUGAAUCUCUCCAGUUUUUGUUAGAUACAUGUAAAGUUCUAGUCAUUGGAGCUGGCGGUUUAGGAUGUGAGCUCCUGAAAAAUCUGGCAUUGUCUGGUUUUAGACAGAUUCACGUUAUAGACAUGGACACUAUAGAUGUUUCCAAUCUAAAUAGGCAGUUUUUAUUUAGGCCUAAAGAUGUUGGAAGACCUAAAGCUGAAGUUGCUGCAGAAUUUCUUAAUGACAGAGUUCCUAAUUGUAAUGUAGUUCCACAUUUCAACAAGAUUCAGGAUUUUAACGACACUUUCUAUCGACAAUUUCAUAUAAUAGUCUGUGGACUGGACUCUAUCAUAGCCAGAAGAUGGAUAAAUGGCAUGCUGAUAUCGCUUCUAAAUUAUGAAGAUGGUGUAUUAGAUCCAAGCUCCAUUAUCCCUUUGAUAGAUGGGGGGACAGAAGGCUUUAAAGGAAAUGCCCGUGUGAUCCUGCCUGGAAUGACUGCUUGCAUUGAAUGCACGCUGGAACUGUAUCCACCACAGGUUAAUUUCCCCAUGUGCACCAUUGCGUCUAUGCCCAGGCUCCCAGAACACUGUAUUGAAUAUGUAAGGAUGCUGCAGUGGUCUAAGGAGCAGCCUUUUGGAGAAGGGGUUCCAUUAGAUGGAGAUGACCCUGAUCAUAUUCAAUGGAUUUUCCAAAAAUCCCUAGAGAGAGCAUCACAAUUUAAUAUUAGGGGUGUUACAUACAGACUCACUCAAGGGGUAGUAAAACGAAUCAUUCCUGCAGUAGCUUCCACAAAUGCUGUCAUUGCAGCUGUGUGUGCCACUGAGGUUUUUAAAAUAGCCACAAGUGCGUAUAUUCCCCUUAAUAAUUACUUGGUAUUCAAUGAUGUAGAUGGACUAUACACGUACACAUUUGAAGCAGAAAGAAAGGAAAACUGCCCAGCUUGUAGCCAGCUUCCACAAAAUAUCCAGUUUUCUCCAUCAGCUAAACUACAGGAGGUUUUGGAUUAUCUAACCAAUAGUGCAUCUCUGCAGAUGAAAUCGCCAGCCAUCACAGCCACAUUAGAAGGAAAAAACAGAACACUUUAUUUACAGUCAGUGACCUCUAUUGAAGAACGAACAAGGCCAAAUCUCUCCAAGACAUUGAAAGAAUUGGGACUUGUUGAUGGGCAAGAACUGGCAGUUGCUGAUGUCACCACACCACAGACUGUACUAUUCAAACUUCAUUUUACUUCUUAAGGAAAAUAAAUCUGCACAAAAUAGAAAACUUAUGGAAAUGUUAUACUUCAUGGAUACUAAGAGAUUUAAUUGAUUCAUUUUUAGCAUUAGUGUUGCUGGAAUUUGAUUUUUUUAAUAUAACGAGCCACUCUUUUUUAACUUUAUAACUUUCCCUUGAAGACAGAAUUUGGGAGGUGGUGCUUUUAAGCAUUUUCAUUAAUAAUAUGGAAAUGAUGCCUGAAGAGAAAGAUUAUGAGCAAAUGUAUUGCUUCUUUUAGAGAAGGAGGCAAACACCCUCUUAUGUGUGAAUUUUGUUAUUAUGGUGAGAGAAUACAUUCCUCAGUUUUCCUUUGAGCAGCCACGUGCACAAAAGAUGUCCCUUUAAAGAAAAUAAGAAAAUUAAGUUAAAUAAUAUUAAAUGUUACAACUUGAUAUCUAGAGCAUAGAUGUUGCUUAAUAUUCACUUAAUUGUGGCUGUCCAAAUGAGUAUCAAUUACUGCAAAGGUUACCCUGUCCAUAAUAAUUUGUAAAUGGUGUUAUAGCUGAAUAUCUGUGCAUGGAAAUGGGAAAUAUUUUCAUGUGUUUACUUGUAGUGCCAUAGAGGCCAAUAUGCACAACAUUAAAGCCAAGACGUGGAUAUUUAAAAGAAUUUAAUGUUUAAAUAGUUACCACUGAUGCAUUCACACUAUUUAUUAAUAAAAUCAUAUAUUGUCUACUAUUCUCACUGAAACUUAAAAAUAUAUUAAGGAUAGUAAGUAGUUCUGUAGUAAUGGAAUAAAUGUGUAGCAGAAUUACUAAGACAAAAUUUUUAUGGCACCUGAACUAAUACUUUUGCCACAGUAAAUAUCUA